UAUGAGCUGGCUGUUGUCUGUUGAGCUCCUACCUGUGCAUUGUCUGUCACAUCAUACUGUGUUUCUCAAUGUAGACUCAGAAAGCUUGGAUCUUUGCUCUUGAUUCAAGUUGUAUGUGGUGAACAGUGUGGCUAGAUUUUUUUCUGAAGGCAAGUUGUGUCACAUAGUCUUUCUGUAGCCCUUCAGCUAGCUUCCCUUAUCUUGUGGCUUCGGCUGGUUUGUCAGGCUGUUCUCUUAAGAGGUGUUGAGGAUCUUAUCAAGUGUAUUGCUGUGCCACAGUAGAGAAACCUCCAGUUCCUGCAGUCACCCUUAAACCAGAGCCUCAGAAGCAGGGGACCAAAGAGAGAGGAGAUUAGUUUGUCAUUCUUAAGUUCAGGUACAUCGGUCAUUGUUCGUAUGAAUGGAUAAAAAUGACUUUGGACGCUGUUUGCUUCCAUCAGGUUUGCACGUGCAUUUUUUUUUAUGCAAAAGUUAUUCAACUCGUACUUUAGGCUAUCUGAUAUAGUUCCUGUUCUUUUCAUCCUUAACUCGACGAAGUAAAUUCUUUAUUGACAAUAUAUUCAGUAGAUUUUGCUACACGUAUUGUUUUUUCUGCAUACUUUGCCAUGCUUCUAAAUGGUAGUGGAAAGAAAGUAGGCUACAAUGAUGGUUGCCAUUUGAAUGGGUAAGAUUUGAAGCUCCGUGGACAUUGGGCUUUGUUCGCUUCCGUCUGGUUCGCUUAGGUGCACAAUUUUAAAGUUGAUGUUAUAAUGAAGAUAUAUUCAACAGAUUGUUCAUGUUUGUACUGUAGUUGUGGAGACACCAGUUGCUCCUGUCCAGCCAAAACCAGAGACUGAAAAGGAGGAGAAGACAGUCGUAGAAGCCCAUGGUGGGAAAAGAGAAGCUUUCUUUUGCAGUCUAUUCCUGUAUAAUGCUGCCAUGGAGCUUGCAGUUGUAAUGUAUUACAGGUCUCCCUGCCCUUAAAUGGGGAUCUACUAUAGGUCUUAACUUGGUUGUCUUUUGUUGACCUUGCUGGAGUCUCCUUGUUGUAGAUUCCUUGUUGUAGUUGGAUUAUGAUAUUCCAGGUAAAUUCUGCGUACACAGUAUUGAAUUUAGGCAGAGACCAGGAUUGUUCAUGCAGUCCUGUACAUAACCUUGGUUAUGUGUAAACCCAGAGUAGUUAAAAUCUCACUUUCAAUGUGGUGGUGGGUCACACACAAAUCUUUUUUUAAACUGCUGGCCUGGACGGAUGGACACCAAGCAGAGAAGAGUGCACACAUUAAUGGUCAUUGAAAGUGUUUACCAUACAUAGAGACACCAUCCCAGUGGGAUCGUCUUCUAGAUGCUAACACCAUAUGGGUUUGCAAUGUCUCUUUUUGAGGCAUUGUAACAGUGGAUGGAGAUAUUUUUUAACCCUUUAUUUCUCAGCUCUUCCAGCCACAUUCAAACACGAUCUUGAGAGCCAGGAGGUUGAGGAGGGGGGCAGUGUUACCCUGCACUGUGAGCUCUCUAAACCUGGAGUCCCUGUAGAAUGGAAGAAGGGAACACAGGUUCUAAAGUCUGGAGAAAAGUACCAGAUGAAGCAGAAAGAAUGCAGUGUGAAACUACAAAUCUGUAAUUUGAAACUUGAAGACACAGGAAACUACCACUGCAGCACUGGAGACCUAGAGAGCUCAGCAUACCUGAAAGUCAAUGCUCUCCCAGUCAUAUUCACCAAAGAUCUGCAGAGCCAGGAGGUUGAGGAGGGGGGCAGUGUUACCCUGCACUGUGAGCUCUCUAAACCUGGAGUCCCAGUAGAAUGGACGAAGGGGGAGGUGGGUCUCUGCCCCUGUGCCAAGUAUGAAAUCGUCCAGGAAGGGCACAGCGCCAGACUAGUCAUCCACAGCUUAGACCCUGAAGACUCAGGCAGCUAUACUUGUGACAGUGGCGACCGGAAAACCACAGCAAACCUUUCUGUGAAGGCCCUGCCUGUUUACUUCAAAACCCCACUACAGAAUCUAGAGUGGGACGCAGGUGAGAUCGCCAUCCUCCGCUGUGAGAUCACAAAUCCUGUGGCCAGCGUUGUCUGGAGCCGGGGCGACAGCGUCUUGGAGUCUAACAACAAGUAUCAGCUGAAACAGGAAGGUGCCAUAGUGAAGCUUAUCAUCUAUAACCUACAAGGGGCUGACUCUGGGGAGUAUAUCUGUGACACAGGUUACCAGAAGACCUCAUCCAUGCUCACUGUACAGGGUAGGGGACAAGAUGAAAGUCUGCUACUGUCUUCUGACAUUCAUUUCAAUCAUUCUCUCUCUCUACACACCUCUUGAAUCAUGGCACCUCUCUUUUAAUUUACUCUAUACCUACCACCGCUUUCCAUCCUGAGUGAUUCCCACAAGACUAAUAUCACUCAAGGCUUUAGAGGACCAAAAGCCUAAAGAGCACAGAAGUAAAGCUUGUUGGGAUCUUCAUCCAUUUCCUGAUUCACCUACUGCUUCCUAUGUCUUUCAUAUCCUUCACACACCUUCCUCUGCACUUUUACCUUCAUAACCAUUCCACCCGAGUGCUCUGCUGUUAAGGACAAUGAUCUGUCUCACACUUCCACUUCUUCUGUCUUGACAGGAGCAACCUUAUGUCUUGACAGUUGUCUCUGUAUUGUAACUGUAUUGAGUGUGUAAGGUUAGGUGCCUUAUUUCUGUUGUAAUCUAUCCAUGUACACCCAUAUAGACACUAGUGCUCCCUUAGA